ACGGAGUUCUCCCUGUACAUCAUUAGCCACGUGGGCUUGAUCAUCUCCCUGGUGUGUCUCGUCUUGGCCAUCGCCACCUUCCUCCUGUGUCAUGCCAUUCGCAACCAGAACACCUACCUCCACCUGCACCUCUGCGUGUGCCUCUUCUUGGCCAAGGCGCUCUUCCUCGCCGGUGUAGACAAGACUGACAACCAGACGGAGUUCUCCCUGUACAUCAUUAGCCACGUGGGCUUGAUCAUCUCCCUGGUGUGUCUCGUCUUGGCCAUCGCCACCUUCCUCCUGUGUCGUGCCAUUCGCAACCAGAACACCUACCUCCACCUGCACCUCUGCGUGUGCCUCUUCUUGGCCAAGGCGCUCUUCCUCGCCGGUGUAGACAAGACUGACAACCAGACGGGCUGUGCCAUCAUUGCAGGCUUCCUGCACUACCUUUUCCUGGCCUGCUUCUUCUGGACGCUGGUGGAGGCUGUGACGCUAUUCCUAAUGGUCAGGAACCUGAAGGUGAUGAAUUACUUCAGCUCUCGCAACAUCAAGAUGUGGUACUUCUGUGCCUUUGGCUACGGGCUCCCAGGGCUGGUGGUGGCCAUCUCUGCCGGCGUGCAACCACAGGGCUAUGGGAUGCAUAAUCGGUAAGCGCGACCCCUGUCUCCCUGAACACCGUGCUGUCAUGGUCCAUGAUGAUAAUUAUGUGAACA